CUGACGACUCGACGACCCACGAAAUUGCAACGAAAUAGGAGAAAUUGCUAGAAAAAAUCAGUAAAAAAGUGAUAAGAAGCAUGUAAAUCAACGCGAGACACAGAAAAGAUUAAAAUCUUACAAGAGAGUGAACGCGUAAACUGCUUUUGCGUUAAAAUGGAGAUCCAAUACGAUGAAAAUCUGGCAGCAAAUCCCUUUUUCAAGAAGAUCCGGCAGGAUCACUCGCACUUUAUUCAUCUGGCUUCCCUGCAAAAUCUCGUGAUUUGCGUGCCUCGUCUCGGAUCGAUCGCUUCCAAGCAACAAUUGGACGAGCAAUUGCUCAUGACACACAUUUUGGUGCCAAAUGAAGAGCUUCCAGAGUCACAUUUUACGUGUGCCAAUGAUGCGGGAAAAGUUGUCCUGACGACAUCCAAGAAGAUUUUGUUCGAAAACACGGUGGGAGGUCAACUCGAAGUCAACAUUUUGUUCGAAGAAGUCUUUUACACGAAAGAUUUGAUGCGGUACAAGGUUUGGUGCAUCGAUCGUCCCUUCGUGGUGGACGAAAAAUCGAGUCGGAAGAGCACGAAAGAGCUGGAAUCGCCCAACGACUUGUUCUACGUGCAAAAUUUGAACGAUGCUGUACAGCUGAUAUGGACCGAGGUGCAGUCAAAGCAAAUUCUGAGGAAAAUUGACACCUCAAUUGCGAAUUUUCGCAAAAAUAAUCGAUCAUUCGGGAAUACAGAUCUCCAAAAAUUGCGAAAUAACACACAUUUGUUGUACAAUCACUGCGUCGAUGUGCUCCUAUUGAACCGGAGACUCAAGGAAAAGUGUCGCAAUGACGCCUUUUUACUAAAAAAUCUCAAAAUCGCCGUUGAGCAAUAUAUGAUCAACGCACUUUAUAGUCAUUUGUUCGAUGCAAUUACACUGUGCACGACUGAAGAAAACGAAAAAUUCAACAAAACCAUUCGAAGUUUGUCCGAAAUUCAAUUGGCAGAGUUUAACUUGGAUCCACGAUUGUACGACUACAUUCCCGUGAUGAAGUUGGAAAUCAUGAAACUCGACAGUCAUACAACAGUUUUGGAUAAAUUGAAUUGUCUGAAAAGAGCUAUUAACGUUAUUAGCGAGAAAUACAACAAAAUGACGGAAAAUGGAAAAAUUCUUACAACAGACGACGUCAUUCCUGUGUUAAUUUUUGUGAUAAUCAAGUCCGGCAUGACCCACUGGAUGUCGAAUUUGUACUUUUUGAAGGAAUUUUCGUUCACGGAUGUCGCUGGUAACAAUUUUGGUGCGGAAAAUUUCCUCGUAGCGACUUUGGAGGCUGCCAUAACUUUCAUUUUGACGCACGAUUUUGCGGCCAAAGAUAUUUUAGGAGAUAUUCCCGCUGUGGAUUGCGAAAAGUUUGAGAGUAAAGAUCAAUUUCUCGCACAUUUCUUCCUGAAAAUCAAAGAAAAUGACGAAAAAUCUGUCGAAAAACUGUUAAAGCCAUUCAAUAAGCUCACCGGGUGUAUUGAUCCGGGGACGACCAAUCCUUAUUACGAGAUGCCCGUGCUGCAACAUCACCCCUUAUGUGCCUGUAGUGAGUGUGAAAGUAAAAUUUCCGACUCCAUCGCUUGUAUUAAUUCGAAAGGACCUCACGGACUUUCGGCGAUUUUUAUUCCUGUGAUUUACGGACAUCCCAAAAUACUGAAUUUGCUGCUGAGCUACUCGGCAGACGUCAAUUGUUGUGAUAGUAAUGAGUGGACGCCGUUACAUUACGCCGCAAGUCGUGGAGAUCAAAAUAGUUUGUUGCUACUUUUGCAUGCGGGAGCAGAUUUAAAUGCCGCAAAUGUUGAUAAGAACAGUCCCUUGCACAUUUGUUGCAUGUACGGGUAUGCGAAUUGUGCCAAAGCCUUAAUUUACUUCUCGGAACACAUGAAAAUCAAGUUGGCGUUGAACGGGCAAAAUAAGCACGGUGACACGGCAAUUCAUAUUGCCUCGAAAUGGGGCUUCCUGGAGAUUGUCAGCACUUUAUUGGAGAAUGGGGCGCGGAUUGACAUCCAAAAUAAGUUUGGACAUACGGCAGUUAGUGUCUCGCAUAGCAGCAAAGUGCGGAAAAUCAUGCAUGAAACAUUUGUUUUGGUACCAAAGACUGUAGAACCGGAGUUGGGACCGUGCAGCGUGCAAAAUAUCUGCUUGACAGACGAAGAUUUGAUGGAUAAUGCCACUGAUAAUGUCGUCACGAAGAUGGAAAAGGUCCAAUGUUUGGAAAAAGCGAUCGCCGAUGGUGAUACUCGUCUUGCACUGAUGCUGCUGAACCUCCAAUCAGCACUUCAAGAUGUACCGUCGUGCAAUUGUGACCCCUUACGCACAUGCAAACGAUGCAUUUCGCACAAACAAGUCACGAACGCCAACAACAACAACGUCAAAAGCACUGCCCUCGACCUCAACGUACAAAAUCCGGAUGGAAAUACACCUUUACACUUGGCAGCGAUCCACGGAAAUUUGAAUUUAGCAAAAUCCUUGUUGGAAAAUGGCGCUGAUACAACUAUUUUGAACAAAAAGCACCAAACGGCACUUCAUGUCGCUAUCGAAUGUGGUCGUUAUCAAAUUAUAAAAGCCAUUCUCAAACUCUCCAAAGUCGAUAUCAUCGAUGCGGUUGAUUCCAAUGGCGAUACUGCGUUAAUUUACGCGGCACUUAGCGGAGAUACGAAACUUGUGGAGACAAUUUUGGCCUUUGAGCCGCAGUUGGAGACGAAAAAUGCGAAUGGGAACAGUGCGUUGUGUCUGGCACGCGAAAAUAUGUUCAUGGGAGUGGUAAAGUUGCUGGAACAAGCAUCACUGAAGGCGUCAAAGGGAAGUGACGACGAAGGACUGAAAGUUAAUGGAGAUGAAUAGAUUUUAAAAAUAAUAUUUUUUAGAAAUACUCAGCACUUAAUUACUCGUUCUCGAACAAAACGCACGUAUCUCACACGAAAAAAAACUUAUGAAGGCAACUAAAGCUGAUAAAGUAGUUUAGAAUCCAAUUAUUUAUGGAGAUUUAUGUACCUUACUAAAUAUUUCUAAAUAUUUAUUGUGUUAAUGCCGUAAGAUAUUCGCUUGCUAAAACACUAACAAAUUAUAAUUUAACGAUUUUUUGUGCAAUAAAUAA